GAGAAAGCGUAGGCAGAGGUGUAGGAUCUCACAAUCGAAGAAGGUCACUUCAACAAUUACAUAUAGCUUGCAAGAGGAACAAAACAACAGGCCAGCGCCUCAAUAGCAGCUGGUCACCCCUAGGAAAUCUCCAACUUCCAAGGAGAAUCGAGAGGGGAUGCCGCGGAGGCGAGGAAACUGCCCGUUUGUCAGCAGUCCUGCUUCGGGGUCGCUGUGGUCGAUAUUACGGUGCAGUCCGACAUCAAGCCAUUUACGAGCUCCGCAGCUCAGAGCAGAGCGGAGAGUCGCCUAAGCAGGCAAAGGCAAACUAGCAUUCACCAACUUAGGCGGAUUCCAGCCGAAAAAAAGCGCUACCGGAGGCUAAAUAGAGCCAAUAAUUAACGAUCAUUAGAGGAUCAAUCGAGUCGAUCUGAGGGACGACAAGAGAGACAGAAGGGUAUAGAAUAUACAGUCAAGGAAGGCCAAAUACUGAGAAUUUUAGGUGCGAAUUAAAGACAGCCAGAGAGUCGUGGUUAAAUCGAGUCGAAACAAGGAACUUCAAAUCAACGGGGGAGAAACAGCCGUUACCGAGGGGACCCUAGGAAGCUACUGUGUUCAGACCGAAUCUUCAAUAUGAAGCUACUCGAGAACUCCAGCUUUGAGGCAAUCAACUCACAACUCUGCAUUGAAACAGGGGACUCUAAUAUCAUUGGCAGGAUUGAAAGUUACUCCUGCAAGAUGGCUGGUGAUGACAAACACAUGUUUAAGCAGUUCUGUCAAGAAGGCCAGCCACAUGUCCUGGAGGCCCUGUCUCCUCCACAGAGUGGUGCUGUAAGUCCAGGCAGGCUCAGCAGAAGUCAGAGUGGUGAUGAAGUAGAGAGUCCUCUCAGUGAUAAAUGUUGCCGGAAGACCCUUUUCUACCUGAUUGCUACUCUUAAUGAAUCCUUCCGCCCUGACUAUGACUUCAGUGCUGCAAAGAGUCAUGAAUUUAGUAGAGAGCCAAGUCUCAACUGGGUCCUAAAUGCAGUGAACAGCAGUUUGUUCUCAGCUAUAGGAGAGAAGUUUAACAACCUGAAGCCAGAGCUCUGGACAGCUGUUGACCAAGAAAUCUGUUUGCAAGAUUGCGACAUCUAUAGCUAUAACCCUGAUCUAGACUCUGACCCUUUUGGAGAGGAAGGAAGCCUCUGGUCUUUUAACUAUUUUUUUUACAACAAGAAGCUCAAAAGAAUAGUCUUCUUUACGUGCCGUUCUGUCAGUUUUCUGAGUGGAUAUGGUCGUAAUGAACUAGACAAUGAGCUAGAUAUGGAGCUUGGAGAUGCAAUGGAUGAGGAUGAGGAGGAUCUGGACAAUUUUGAAGAGGACAGGUAUCAGCAAGCCGUGUGUGUCUAACUCAAUGGCUCCAUCCUUCUACUGUGAAAGGAAUGCAGUCGGGAGUAUUUUUUUUUCUUUUAAUUUAUUUUAUUUUUUUUGAUUUUUUUGCAACAAGGGCAGAACAUGUCUUUUUUUUUUCUUUCUGCCACUCUUCUGAAUCUCAGGCAUAUCUGUUCCAUGGCAUUCUUGCUUUUCCUUGGGCUGAAUCUUUUACAGACACGCUAUGAAUGUUUUGAUUUAUCAGGAUAUGGUGACUCGUGAUCUCCUUUGUCUUGCAUGAAAUUGUGGAAACAGCUUUUUGGAAAUGAGUCUGGAAUUGCUUUGAACUGGAUAUGGAUCCCUGUCCUCUUAUUACAGCAUUUCUUUUGCUCUGAUAUAAAUAUUUUUUUUUGUCUUGCUCUGCUGGUCAUCCAGAUUGGGGCUGCCGGUGUUUGACCCUCCAUAUUUUGUAGUCUUGAAGAAGAGAUACACCGAACCAAAGAGGCAAGGCCAUGCUUCUCCUCUCCAGUGUGCUGGGUACCUCUGUUGCUGAGGGGAAACCUGUUCAGACUAUUCAUUUUUUCCCUCCUUGCAUCAUGAAUUCUCCAGAUGAGACAGGAGAUAAAUGUGUUUGUAUUUGUAUAUUAGAGACAGUCCUAUUAGCUGGUUUUUGGAUUAGUUGAGUUAAACACUGAGGGUCUGCAGUUUGUCCUAUUUAAAGAUCCUUUUCCUGUAGAGAAAAGCAUUCAUUUGUGCAUGUUUGUAAAAAUAUUCCACUGAUGUAUUGGUUAUUUCAAAAGAGGAUUAUUCUGGUUUCUUAACACAUUCUCAGCUUGCACUGACACUCCAUGAUGCUCAUUCUGAUGACAAAUAUCCAUCUUUGAGCAGAUUAAAAAAACAAACUGAUUUCUAAUCUGCUGAUCUACUACAGCCGCCGGCAGCUAGAGCAGUGUUAAACGUUGGGCUCUUUAGUCUUCCACGAAGGCAAACUAGAGACUACUUAAAUGAUCAUGGUGGCAUUUUCCUUCCCAUUUUGUUUUCUUUUUUUUCCCAUAUUUAAUUUUUUCUUUUCCCCUUUGCCUAAGCAAACUGCUGUUGGCACCAGCACUGCACUGAUAUUUUUUUCUGUUUUUAAAAAGUUAUCUUAUGUAUUGAUGCAUUUAAGCGUAAGACAGAGUAGAUAUCUUUAUCUUUUUCCUUCAGUCUCUGUCUAUAUGAUAUAUAUAUAUUCGUAUAUAUGUAUAAAUAUACAUACUUUAAGUGUUCAAGUUUUUUUCUGACCUGUCCCUGUGUUCAGCUGUGUUUCUAGUGAAUUGGAAUUGUAACAACCUUGCAGACAUACAUAAUGUGGUUUUGAAUAGCCUAGUGGUAUCGGCUUGAGCUUCAAUACAAGUCUUUGCAGAUUUUGUAAUUGCUUACUAAGGAGAUGUUUCAUGUCUCUGAGACUGGUGGAGGGGUGACUGGACUAUGCUAGGAUUUAUCCUCCAAGGAUUAUGAUGAUUCCUGUAUAUGCUGAAAAGUCUGGAGCAGAACUGUGUCCUUGUCACCAGUUUGGCCUCUUUAAUUAUAACUGCUGUUGUAGGCCUGUACAAUGUUGUUGUUAUUUCUUGAUCCUUGAUAUUUUAUAUAUAUAUAUAUAUAUAUAUAUAUAUAAUUUCCUUUUAAGUGAAUUCUGUACCAGCUAUCAGACAGAUUAUAUGCUAAGGCUUUUAAUGAUGUUAACCUGCUCGAGGCUUCAACAUCACAACAGUCAAGUGUAGCAGUAAAGCCUUGCUUCCUGUCUAAUGUUCUGAGUAUUGUUUUAUUUUUACACCUAAAAUACUUUUUAUAAUGUAGUUUCCUGCAUUUUACCUGUUUUGUAUAAUCCCAUAGGAAGAAUAUUUGGAGUGAUUUAUUUUUAAUAGGCAAUGUUCUUUUACACAUGGUACAUGAAUAAACUUCCAAUUAUUUA